AUGGUGGACGCACCUUCGCAUAAUGUCCCAACCUUCGAGUCUUCUCUCCGAAGCGUUACCUCUUCGUUCAUCCACCCCCCACCACCACCCAAUCCAAAACAAGCAAUGGAUUCCUUCACGUCCUACAUCUUCUCCGCACCCAAGGCUGAGGACGAGCAGAUCGUCUCGGUGCCCGUCAACGAGGACGACGGUGGCAGCGGCGGCAACUCGUACUGCGUCAUCGCAUGAGUCCGCGCGCAUCCUUCUUCACCUGUUACGACCACAUCAUCACAUUAUAUUAUUCACGAUUCGAGUCGCCGCCAGUCAGUGGCCGCGCACGCUCCACGCGGGUUGUAGGAUCCUUUUGAGAGGGGGGAGGCAUUUUUUGUAGUGCAUGCAUCUUCGUUUUUCGCAUCCAUUGUGCACGUUAGAUUAUAACUUCGACUUUUCGCCUUAUUUGUUGUAUUAUUACGGAGGACGCUCGGAGGAUUACCCUGCAACCUGUAGUAAUGGAGCAUGACUUUUGACGCUUCGCAUACUCGCCCGAAUAGAGUGAUAUCACG